ACCCACUUUUGCCUUCAACAGAUAUACUCACACCCACUAAACAAUGAUAAGAACAGUGACUGUACCAUCUCGCCAGCAAUUAGUCAGAAAUGCGAUUGUGUUGAACAGACACUUUACUACCAACUUUGGAGGCGGCAACAGACCCAACGGCUCCACCAUGCCCUACCAAUCCUCCCUCAACUUCUUCCAAAGGGAGUCCCUCCCCGCCAACACCAUAAUCCGGUUCGUGCCCCAACAACAAGCAUGGAUCGUGGAACGAAUGGGAAAGUUCCACCGCGUGCUACCACCAGGGUUAGCAUUCCUCGUUCCCCUCUUGGACAAGAUCACCUAUGUCCAAUCACUCAAGGAAUCGGCAAUUGAGAUCCCCAGUCAGAACGCCAUCACCUCCGAUAACGUCAGUUUAGAGCUCGACGGUGUGCUUUACGUUAAGGUGAUUGACCCAUACAAGGCCAGUUAUGGAGUCGAAGAUUUCAAAUUCGCCAUUAGUCAGUUGGCCCAGACGACCAUGAGAUCGGAAAUCGGGAGCAUGACGUUGGAUCAUGUAUUGAAGGAGCGUCAGUUGUUGAAUGUCAAUAUCAAUGAGGUGAUUAACGGCGCUGCUAGAGAUAAUUGGGGUGUUGAGUGUUUGAGAUACGAAAUUAGAGAUAUCCAUCCCCCUCUGAAUGUGUUGGAGGCCAUGCAUAGACAAGUUAGUGCUGAGAGAUCGAAGCGGGCGGAAAUUCUUGAAUCGGAAGGUCAAAGACAAUCCAAGAUUAACGUGAGUGAGGGGGAAAAGCAAUCUAUGAUUUUGGCAUCCGAAGCCGACAAGCAAGAACAAAUCAACCACGCUAUGGGUGAGGCUGAAUCCAUCAAGUUAAAAGCGGAAGCUACUGCUGAAGGUAUAAGACGUAUUGCUCAAGCCAUCCAGGAAACACCUGGUGGUGAAGCAGCCGUCAAUUUGCAGGUUGCGCAAGAGUACAUUAAAGAGUUUGGUAAGUUGGCCAAGGAGUCCAACACGGUGGUUAUUCCUUCCAAUGUUGGUGAUAUAAGUAGUUUUAUGGCGCAAGGGUUGAGUAUCUACAAGAACUUGAACCAAGCUAAUAAGAGUUAGCCUUUUCUGUAUAUAAUAAAAUGUAUAAGCUAAGCUUUCUUGAAGAAUCCAUCAAGGGCACCUUUACCCACGGCGACCUUUUUAGUUUGAACUUUCUUGAUCGUUUUCUUUUGUUCCUUCUUUCUGUUCUUGACGGUAGAAUGAAUCACUUCGUUCAUGUUUGCUUCCACAACAGCAAGGCUCUUUUGUUUUUCUUUUAACUUGGCAAGGUAUGCAUCCACAUUAUCAAACUUGUACUGGUACUUUUUAAUUAAAUCUUGUUUAAACGUCGGUUCAGCAAUGUAUGAGCCACACACAUAAUCUAUGGCGUACUGCAAGGUUAAUUCCAGGACUAAUUGUUGUGAAACGACUUCGGUACUGGUCGGAUCAUUCAACUCAGCCCUGACUUUCUCUAUAACCGUAUUCUUUUCGUUCGUAAAGAACUCAACUAGUUUGGUGAUUUUUUCAUUGACAAACUGUAUCGACUUGUCCAAAGAAAAUUUGUAGAAUUUGGCGUCGCCUUGAUCUAAUUCGUCACAGAUCUGUACAAGGGCAUUACUAAUGACACUUUCUGGCAAGUUGUGACUCCAUGCAACUCGAUCCAUAAAGUCGUCUACUGUGAUGAAUCGGUCUUCUUUCUGACUGGACAAUAUGGAAAUUAGUAAAUACACAAGGUUGAAUUUGGACGAGAUGAUGGUUCGUGGAGACUGUAUUAUUGCACCAGAUGUGUCUGAUUCGAGAAUGUAUGACUUUACGGCAUCGCCUGAUUUCAACUUUGCCGAUUCGCUUGUUCUUAUUUCGUUGAGCUCAUAGAGGGAGUUUGUAGUUGCAUCGAACAAAUAAGACUUUGUCGUGGAUAGGUUGUUUGAUGUGGGUAAUUCGAGUAUUUUGAAUUCAGCGGGGGACUCUGUCUCCGGGAGGAGUAUCACUCUGCUAUCUUUAUCAAUGUGCAUUACUCUAUAGAUCUAUAGUUGUCAAUUAAGUCGAUGUGCAACAACAACAACAAC